GUCAACGGCUAGGGAAUGCAUAACCCGCCGAACCACUGCUGACGUGGAAGCAUCUCGGCUAAGUCCAGCAGCGGACUGCUAUAUGCGUGUGCCCAUGCGAUCCAGCGAUGCAUCUUCAGACAAAACGCAUAUAGUCUGGAUCGGCGAUCUUCCCAAGCUCCUACAGUGGCUCGCGUCCAAUAGUCGGGCGUGGCGCCAACACUUGAUAGCGAUGGUGCGGGAGAAGCCGGAAAUCAGAUUAGUGUUCUACUCCGACGAAGUGACCGGCGGGAACAUCUUAGCUCCCGAGAAAAAGAAAAAGGCAGUUUUGGUGUAUAUCUGCCUGCGGGGCAGCCUCUACCACAGAGAGGCAUGCUGGAUCACCGCUGCAUGUGUCCAACAUCUCAUGUUGGACAAAAUCAGAGGUGGAUUCACGGCCGUUAUGCGCGAAAUUGUUAGUCGCAUACAUCGCGACGAUCUGCUGACAGAGGGCUUUGAGUUGGAACUCGCUGGCGAACGCUUCAGAGUGAGGCUGUUGUCUCCAAGCCUGAUGAUUUCGGACCACGAGGCACAGCGGGCAACCUUUGGCAUCAAGGGAUCAGCAGGCCUGCUUCCGUGCAUCAACUGUUGCAAUGUUGUGAGUAAGCACGCUACUUCGAUCCCCCCUGGUUUUGUCACCAUCGCUGAAUCUGAUCUCCGGCGAUUCGUGUGUCGAACAAACGAAGCGUACUAUGAGGCGGCCGCUGCCAUUCAGGCCGAACGCACGACAUCCAGAAGAUCUGUGCUGGAGAAGGCUUACGGUCUGAGAUGGGCUCAGGAUGGCCUUAUGUUUUGCGAAGAGACUCGAAAGCAUCUUCCCCCACAAGGGAGUUGCACGGACACUUUUCAUGAUUAUUUCUGCAACGGGGUGGCUAGCUGGGAAUGCGGCGCUAUCUUGGAGCGCCGCCAAGAACGCGGACUCUCAGUGGCCGCCCUCCUUGACACCGCGGUUGCCAGUCAGUGGCAUCGGGAGGGAGAAGGACGAAGCUUCAGAUCCAACACUUUGGGUAGAAUGCUUGGAGAGAAGUAUUUCGACAAGGGGGGCUUCCGCGGCUCCGGCAGCGACUGUUGUUUCUUAGUUCCCCUUCUGAAUUACUAUAUGUGUUUGGUGGCAUCCAGAACACAUUCCCCGGACCCAAAGUUCCAAUGCUUUGAUGCGCUGGUUCGCGUCUGCAGAGAGUUGUGGAGACUGCAGUAUAAUCACCUCACACCUUUCAGUGACCACUCUGAAGUCCUUCCUUUAGCCUUACUGCAGCAAGAGCACCAGGAACAAGUGCUCCGCGCCUAUGAUUUGGACUUUGUGAAGCCAAAGCAUCACCACCGUCUUCAUAUACCGAAGGCGUGCAUGCUUUUGGGCCGCUUGCCCAAUUGUUGCGCGCAAGAAAAAAAGCACAGACACCUGAAGACGGGUGGCCUGCUUGACCGGACACACAUGCAGGUCAACCGCUUCGAUGCAUGGCAACAAGCAUUGCUUCCCCGCUUGCUGCAAUUGUCUGCUGUACCAACGCAUUGCUUCGAGCCGUGUGAACUGCGUGAGCCUGCGCGGCCCACCGAUUACAAAACCAAGAGGGACCUGGGGGACGACUCUCUGCGAGAGAGUCUCAUUGCCGAUAUAGGGCGAAGAAAGGUUGAAGUGGGCGAUGUUCUGGUGUGGUCGGAGGAAGCGGGGCAUGUAAAGCGUAUCGUACAAGGCGAUACGGCGAGGCUGCGGUUCCAGCUGAUGCGCCUCCGGCAUUUGUCACAUGAGCCCUGGGGUAGCCGUUGGGAACUUUCGGACGAACUCCGUUGGUACGCACCACAGCCACGAAGUAGCUAUAAAAUAGCCAUGUGGUGGCGCGUCGAUGAAGACACUCGACAGAUGUGGUGUUUGCUGUAG